AUGCGUACCAGUCCUCUUAUCGUCGCGAGCAUCCUCGCCGUUGCAGUUUCUGCUCAGGCUCCUGAAGUUUGCAUAGAGGUCGUCACACUAUCCCAACAAUGUAUUCCUGAUGAUGCCUCUGUCGAUGAUCUCCAGACAAGCACCGCAAUUGCUGCUUGUCUCUGCGAUAACACCGGCUUCGAUUCAAAAGUCGCCGAGUGUCUUGAUGCAACAGGAUCGGUCCUCCCCGAAGAGAGCCGUCAGUUCCUAGCAAGCUUCCAGGGUUAUUGUAACCUCCUCGCUGGUGGCGGCGGCGGCGGCGGCGUCCAAACCAGUGCAACCGUGACUCGGCCUACUGAAACCAGUGCAUCUAUCACUCCCACUCCCACCCCGACUGGUAGUGGUGAUGAUGAUAACGUCCCAGAAAACUGCCGCUACAUUGCUUCAGGUCUCAGCUCCUGCUGGACCGAUAACAGCCCACUCCCAACAGCCGCCCCGGUCGCCAGAUGUCUCUGUGCUGGUACUAGCUUUGACGCCGCUAUCGAGGGAUGCUAUAGCGAUAUUCUCGAUACCGAUCCCAAGGAAGCUGCUACUGUCUCCGCCUUUGCUGGAUUCUGCUCCAGCUUCUCCGCUGGUGCCUUCGGCGGCUCUGGUCCUACCGGAAGCGACAAUAACCAGCCAACCACUACUGGCGGAAGCAAUUCGCCUAACCCAACUGACGACGAAGAUGAUGAUGCUCCUUCUACCACUGGCCCUGCCCAGACCACCGGCAGCAACAGCAACAACGGAGGCAACGGUCCAAACAGCGCCGCUGGCUUCAAGGUCACCAUUCUUGGAACUGCAUUGGCUGCUAUCCUUGCCGGUGCUGCCCUUGUUUUGUGA